GCGCAGCGCUGCCCCGGCUGCGCCCGCCCGCCCGCCCGCCAUGGUGUCAUGGAUCAUCUCCAGGCUGGUGGUGCUUAUAUUUGGCACCCUUUACCCUGCGUAUUAUUCCUACAAGGCUGUGAAAUCGAAGGACAUUAAAGAAUAUGUCAAAUGGAUGAUGUACUGGAUUAUAUUUGCACUUUUCACCACAGCAGAGACAUUCACUGACAUUUUCCUUUGUUGGUUUCCAUUCUAUUAUGAACUAAAAAUAGCAUUUGUAGCCUGGCUGCUAUCUCCCUACACAAAAGGCUCCAGCCUCCUAUACAGGAAGUUUGUACAUCCCACGCUGUCUUCAAAAGAAAAGGAAAUUGAUGAUUGCCUGGUCCAAGCAAAAGACCGAAGUUACGAUGCCCUUGUGCACUUUGGGAAGCGGGGCUUGAAUGUGGCAGCCACGGCAGCAGUGAUGGCCGCUUCCAAGGGACAGGGUGCCUUAUCGGAGAGACUCCGGAGCUUCAGCAUGCAGGACCUCACCACCAUCAGGGGUGACGGUGCCCCUGCUCCCUCCAGCCCCCCCCCACCGGGGUCUGGGCGAGCCAGCAGCAAACACGGCCAGCCCAAGAUGUCCAGGAGCGCUUCUGAGAGCGCUGGCAGCUCAGGCACCGCCUAGAGUUCUUCGAUCCCACUUUAGGAAGAAAAGUACCUCAUCCUCAGCCACUGAAACCACGUGAGUGAGAUGAGCCAACAGCACCGGACCCACAGAAUGUUUCUUCUCUGCCUUAAAGAGCUAGUCACUAAUAACACAGAAAUCCGCAAGCUGGUGUGCUUUGAGUGUGCAGCCUCACAGACACAGCCUUUACUCUCUCCCCUCAUACACUUUUAAGACUUUUAUUUUCCUUUUCUUUAUGUUGCUGGGGAGAAGCUAAAGGGAAAGGUAGUGGGGGGGUGACCUUUAAGUCUUCUGAGGUUAGUAAUUUUCCACAAUUGGAUUGUCAGCAGUGUGUUUUUAGAAAUAUAAGAGAUCACCCUCACACUGCUGAGAUGUACAUUUGUAAUUUAUUUGUUGCAUACUUCGUUUUUAGUCCUGUAAAUGCAAACAGAGCAAUUUUUUUAAAC